UUCACAUAUUUGUCCUCUCUUUCUUCUUCAAAUUGUCCCUGAUGCCUCUUCAAGCUAAUUACUCUUUAGAACAAGAGUUUUCCUUUGAUGGUCAAUUUCAUGAGUACUUUUCUUUCCUGCAGUCGCUGUCCAUAACAAUCCGAGGGACCUCACGUGAUGUAUUUGAUGUACGACCUCUUGGACAAUUUCUGCCCCCAAGUUUAAAAAAAUUGAAGUUACAGCAAAUGGAUGCACGCCUCUUUGUCUUGUGGUUAGAUGCAGUCAGGAAAAUCCCUCUGUUCAACUUGCGAAGCUUGUCUCUUGUCUUGGACCUUAUAUCAGAUGAUCUUCUCAUCACAGUUGUGCAUUCUCUUCCUCAUUUGGUAGAGCUGGAUCUUGAAGACAGACCUUUUACAUUGUCAUCGGUAGGGGACUUGACCAACAUUGGACUACAGGCUCUGAAGUUCUGCGAGUGUCUAAUUGCCCUCUCAAUUGUUCGAAGUAAAAUGAAUUGUCCUGCUUCAUUUACAAGAGUGGACAAUAAAGGCAUGUUCCAUGUUUCUGAAGGUUGUAAAAGGUUGGAAUCAGUGAAACUUGGUGGGUUUGCAAAGGGUACUGAAGCUGGAUAUUCGUCAAUUCUGUACUCAUGCCGGAAUCUGAAGAAAUUUGAAGUGUUGACUUCACCUCUAUUAUCAGACUCAGUGAUUGAUAAUAUGAAAGGAGUUGCAAGGUCCGUAGUUGAAUUAAGGUUGUCAUCAUGCAGUCUUCUAACUAGUGAAGCUUUGGAGAAUUUGUCCUCGUUUCGUAAGUUGGAGGUACUUGACACAAGUGGGUGCGAACGCAUUGGAGAUCGGGCUCCCUUCUACAUAUCAAAAGUUACUACACUCACAAGACUAAACUUAGCAAAAGCUCGCAUCACCGAUGUGGGUCUUGCUCUUCUCGGUGCGGGAGACUUACCAAUUGUGCAGUUGUGCAUCAGAAAAUGUGAGAAAGUAACUGACAAGGGAAUUAAGUCUUUAUUUCAUGCCGAUAGGAAAAUUUGCAAGACGUUAUCGGUGUUGGAUGUUGGUUACAUUCCCAAAAUAACUGAUGCAGCUAUUUUUACCAUUGCAACUGCUGCUAAGGCAUUAACUGAUUUAUCUUUAAGGUUCUGUAAUGGAGUCACUGAUGCUGCGGUGCAGAUGCUGAUGGAUAGACCAAACCACAACAGUAGUCAACUACAAAUGCUUGAUCUUUGCAGCUGUCGAGGUUUGUCUGCUGAGGCCAUAAUGCUACCUCUGCCCCUGUAUGCUUUCCAUCGUUUGCGCUGGCUCGGUAUUGGACUUACUGACAUAGUUGCUAAGGAGGCAUUUUCUCCACAAUCUGCGAGGCGCAACCCAGGCUUGUUGUGUGCGGUGUUUGCUGUGACUUUGGGUGCUGUGAUGGCUGGCAAUGGCACAAAGUCCGAUGACUGAAACUUAGCUUUUUUCCUUUUUUGUUUUUUAGGCAUUGUUGUGCUUUAUUUGCUAUGUAUGGUAAUCAACCUUUUGAAUUACAAUGAAUAUCAAAUGCCUUUUUUUUUUGGACCUGCA